AUUUCCCUUCUAUCAGACCAUCACUGGGGCAGCCCCAAGCCUGAUUCCUGACUGCAGAUCUGGAAGGGGAGAGUCCUCCCUCCAUGGAGUUCGGCCUGCUCAGCGAGGCGGAGGCCCGGAGCCCGGCCCUCUCGCUGUCAGAUGCGGGCACUCCCCACCCGCCACUCCCAGAACACGGCUGCAAGGGCCAAGAGCACAGCGACUCGGAGAAGGCCUCGGCUUCGCUGCCCGGAGGCUCCCCGGAAGACGGCUCCCUGAAGAAGAAGCAGCGGCGGCAGCGCACCCACUUCACCAGCCAGCAGCUACAGGAACUGGAGGCGACCUUCCAGAGGAACCGCUACCCCGACAUGAGUACGCGCGAAGAGAUUGCCGUGUGGACCAACCUCACCGAGGCCCGCGUGCGGGUGUGGUUCAAGAACCGGCGCGCCAAGUGGCGGAAGCGCGAGCGCAGCCAGCAGGCGGAGCUAUGCAAGGGCGGCUUCGCCGCGCCGCUCGGGGGGCUGGUGCCGCCCUACGAGGAGGUGUACCCCGGCUACUCGUACGGCAAUUGGCCACCAAAGGCUCUCGGCCCGCCGCUCGCUGCCAAGACCUUCCCGUUCGCCUUCAACUCGGUCAAUGUGGGGCCUCUGGCAUCGCAGCCCGUCUUCUCGCCACCCAGCUCCAUCGCCGCCUCCAUGGUGCCCUCGGCCGCGGCCGCCCCGGGCACCGUGCCAGGGCCCGGGGCCCUGCAGGGCCUGGGCGGGGGGCCCCCCGGGCUGGCUCCGGCCGCAGUGUCCUCCGGGGCAGUAUCCUGCCCUUACGCCUCGGCCGCCGCAGCCGCUGCUGCAGCCGCCUCCUCCCCCUACGUAUAUCGGGACCCGUGUAACUCGAGUCUGGCCAGCCUGAGGCUCAAGGCCAAACAACACGCCUCUUUCAGCUAUCCCGCCGUGCCCGGGCCGCCCCCGGCCGCCAACCUCAGUCCGUGCCAGUACGCCGUGGAACGGCCCGUAUGAAUGGCCCGGUCCGUCGACCAUCCCCGAGGGCGGGGUCGAUAAUUCACAGCUUCCCCGGACUGGGGUCGU